GAGAAUCUAAAAAGCAGAGACGCUGCGCAAAGCUGCUUCACUUCGUCGUGACGAAGCUUCAUCUGGAAGACAAGACAAGCGAAGGGUUGCGCUUGAGAAGCCCCACCAUGGCCAAACGAUAUUGAGGAGUCUCACACCGUCGUCCACAGUGUGAGUCUCUCUCUUUCUCUGUCUCUCUCAAAGAGAACAUCGCCGUUGCCCAUAGGCGUUGCCACAUGAUAGCAAUCUCCGCGUGGAAAUCUUAGUCUUCAUAUAUCCUGAAAUGGGCGCAUAAUCCCAUUGAGAAUCAUUCAAGCCCGUUGUGGACAUCGUCAAAUAUCAUUGAUGGUCAUGAAAUCUGCUAACCACGUAGUUCGAUUUUGAAGUCGCACGUACUUCUGGGAUUUGUAACUUUUGGCUUCUGUAAUUGGUUAUAUUGCUCAGUUUUUGAAGAGAAAGUGGAUUAAAUUUGUUGUUCUCUCCGUUCUUUUUUUUACAGUGCAUCUUUAGCCACUGGUUUUGGAUUAAUGAACUUUCGCUGUUGUCUUUGCAGUGUUCUAGCACUCAUUCUGAUCGAUUCCAUGGACGACGCUUUGGACACCCUCGCAAGCUCGUUCAAAAGGGACCUGCAUGUCAGAUUCUUGCAGAUGAUGAUGGAGAGCCUGCCGUUGGAGUACGAAUUGCAAGACAUCAACCGUCUCACGUUGGCCUACUUCGUGAUUUCGGGAUUAGACAUCUUAGGCGCCCUGGGCAGUGUGGAGAGAGACCGAGUUGUCGACUGGGUUUUGUCUCUACAAGCUCUUUCUGCAACCACGGAAGACUUGAAGGAGGGGCAAUUUUAUGGAUUCCUUGGUUGCAGCAACUCGAAGUUUCCCACCGCAAGUCCAGACGUUUCGUGUAUCAGUACUAGCAAUUUAGCUAGUACAUAUUGUGCGUUAUGCAUAUUGAAGACAGUCGGAUACGAUCUUAAAAAUGUCAAUUGUACAGCUAUCUCAAUCUCCAUGCAAUGCCUUCAACAACCUGAUGGGAGCUUUAUGCCUAUUGACACUGGGGCAGAGAGGGAUCUAAGAUUUGUCUUCUGUGCUGCUGCUGUCUGUCAUAUGCUAAAUGACUGGAGUGGCAUGGAUAAAAACAGAGCAAAAAAAUUUAUACUUUCUUGUCAGUCAUAUGAUGGUGGAUUUGGUCUGACUCCUGGCUCAGAAUCCCAUGGUGGUGGGACCUAUUGUGCUGUUGCAGCUCUCAAAUUGAUGGGAUUCAUCAAUGAUGGCCCUUUGUCUAGUUUGACAGAAUCAAUUGACUUUAAUCUGCCUUUGCUAUUAGAGUGGAGCUUGCAGAGACAAGCAGUUGAUGGUGGGUUCCAAGGUCGGUCCAAUAAAGCCAGUGAUUCAUGUUAUGCUUUCUGGGUUGGUGCGGUUCUUAAGCUUUUAGGUGCAGAAAAUUUCUUGGACAAGGAUGCUCUGCGUGGAUUCCUGUUUAGCUGUCAAACUAAGUAUGGUGGUUUCAGCAAAUUUCCUGGAGAUCUGCCAGAUCUCUAUCAUGCUUAUUUCAGUUUCUCUGCAUUUAGUUUGUUAGAAGAACCUGGGCUGAACAGGAUCUCUGCUGAACUUGGCAUCACUGUGCUUUCUGCCAUGGGAACUUUAAGUGGCUGAGCCUGCAGAUGAAGGUCAGGACGAACCCACUUCAAGGAGAUCUGAUUCUUCCUCGAUUUCAGCCAUUGACCCGGAGGAAGUUUAAUUUGUAACAGGGUUGAGGAUACUUACACUGGGUAGUCCACGCAUCUAAUCCAAGGUGGGUUGGUGGACUUAGUUACUUAGAUGUUAAUCGCUAUGCUUCUCUGUGAAUUGGGAGAACCUGAACUGUGGAGCUUUCUAAAAAGCGACCUCUCCCAAACCAGUGUUCUGACGCGGAAACAUUGUUGGUGGUUCUUUUUUUCUUUGUGCACUUGAAAGAUUUUCUAUUUUGAGUUUCGGUGUUGUAACUUA